UGAUGCCGAACAUCAUGGCGGCCCUCUCCGGCCCCCAGCUGGCCAUGGAGGGGCCCGACGGCUGGCUGCAAGCACAACAGCGAGCCCGCAAGAUGACAGACGGCACGCUAAAAUCUUCGAUUCGCUGCUUGUCCCAGCUUAUCACCUACAGCGCAAUAGACAGCGAAAAUCUUGGUCUGCAGGCGUGGCUGCCGCGCAUGCCGGCCAUGCAGGAGCGGCUGACGGCAUGGCAGCGCUCGAUGAAACGUCACGAUUGGGAGCAGCGCCGGCACCACGAAGCCCAGGCGGCACGCUUCGUCGACGUGCAAGUCCAGCAGCGCUUCCUGAGCUCCGAGUACGUCACCGCUCUGGGUGACGUUCAGAGGUGA